UGAAUGGUGAAAACACAACACGGAGUUUGCUGAUACGUUCCUGAGGUGACGGGAGGGGUCCGCACAGGUAACGGUUCCUAAUCCGGCAGUGACACGGGUGCGAUACAGGUAUUUAUAGGACGUAUAUAGGUGGACACGUGGUCUUGUUUAUAUCAGACCGACACCGGUCACACAGGAGUUAGUUAGGAUGGCGGUCACAUUGUGUAUUCUUCUUUCUUUGGCUAUAUACCCAUACCUGGCAAGUGCAUCUGCUGACAUUGAGUUUCAACUCCGAGAGUUUGCAUUUACCUCCGAGCUUGGGUCGGUAUGUUGUGGACAGGAAUCUGCUGAGACAACCGGAUGUCUGUCUGUCUGUCCGUACCGUCUACAGUUCUGUAUAGGAUCCAGUGAAAG